AUGAACCAAACUGUCUUGCAUAGCACUGUAUUUUUCACUGCGUAUGGACCUCCAGGCCCACUCAACUACGCAGCUUUUUUCUUAACAUUUUUGCUUUUCUUCAUUACAAUAUUUGCCAACAUCAGUCUCAUGCUUGUCAUCUACUUAGAAUCACACUUACACAAGCCCAUGUACAUAUUUCUGUUCAACUUGGCGGUGAAUGGACUGAUUGGGUGUUUAUCCGUCUGUCCGAAGAUCAUGGACAAUCUUGUUAAUGACAUAAAGGACAUCUCUCUCAAAGGUUGUUUAUUGCAGGUGUUUUUCAGCAGUGUAUAUGCAACGUGUGCUUACGUGAUUCUAGCAGUGAUGGCAUAUGACAGGUAUGUCUCAAUUUGUAAGCCAUUGCAAUAUCAUAGCAUUAUGACCCCUUCUAAAGUGAAGAUGUUGGUAGCAUUGGUAUAUUUUAUUCCCAUAACUAUGCUUGCUUUUCAAAUGUUUAUCACUUCUAGGCUCCCUGUGUGCAGCUACAAUAUCAACAAGCUUUUUUGUGAUAACUUAGCAGUUGUUAAACUCUCCUGUGUUGAAAGUGCACUGAGCAACCUGUAUGGUAUUUGUAUCAUAGCAAGUCUAGUGGUUUUACCUUUUGUGUUAGUUGUGCUCUCAUACAUCAAAAUAUUACUUGUUUGCUUGAAAGUCUCAAAGGAGUCACGAACUAAGGCUUUUAAUACGUGUGCUCCCCACUUGAUCACUUUCAUCAACUUCUCUACAGCCAUCCUUUUUUCUGUUGUUUACAACAGGCACAGCACAGUUAGCAAGGAGGUUAAUGUAUUGAUAUCAGUACAGUUCAUUAUUUUCCCACCACUGGUACACCCUAUCAUAUAUGGUAUUAGGACCAAGGAGAUCAGGACAUGUGUUACAAAAAUUAUAAGAACAAGAAUAUUUCCUAACUCUCUUGAUUUUCCUCAUCUAAAAUCUGAACGUAAUCUGGUACCAAUUAUGACUUUAGAUGGUACAGCAGCAGGGCAAGGGUUGCCGGUUUGA